AUGACAACCAUAACCGGGACGCGCUCAAUUUUGUUAUCAGGUGCCUAUAUCGUACUCCAACUGAAAUUUGUCCUAACCGAACAGGACGACUGGAAUGAUAGCAGUAACUACAGUGAUAAUAACAUUGAUCAUGUGUUUAAAAUUUUAAUCAUUGUUUGUUUUGGCGUAAUCGGCUUGCUUGUUAUUUCACCCUGGAUAUUUCUGUUCUGCGAGCUAAAAAAAUUAAGACGAUCCGAUCCACCAGCGACCAACCUCGAAUCCGAUAAUACACCGUCCACAGAUGGCACCCAACUAUCUAAAUCUGAAGCAAGAAUUGAGUUUGUUCAAAGCGACGCUUCUCUGCAAAUACCAACAGUUGCGCAUAUCAUCA